UCUGCCAUAAAGGAGCUCUGGCACCGCUUUGGGUAAUAAUUUAUCCAAGGGGGGAAAAGUAGAAAUUCCCUUUUUUCCAGAACAUUCCUGCUGAGCUGUGAACUUUGGAAACCGUGGGACUUUGAUAAGGAUCAGGAUUGCCCCUUUCCCCCCUCCCUUCCCCCACCUCGGUUCACCCCACACCUCCUGAAUGUUGGACCUGCCCAUUCUGGCCUCCCCAGACAUGGCUGACAGCUGGUUGAACCUGCAGUCAGAGGAAGAAAGAGGGCAGGAAAGCAGCAUGGGGGACUCUGCCAACCUGGAUGACAGCCUGACCAGCCUACAGUGGCUGCAAGAGUUUUCCAUCAUCAAUGCCAACGUGGGCAAGUCUUCCUCUUCUCCCAGCAGCUUGGACCCUCACGGCUACCACAAGAUUCCUGGGUCUGCUGCUCCUUGCUCCCCCUUGGCUGCUGACCCAGCUUGCAUUGGGAUGCCCCACACCCCCGGCAAACCCAUUUCAUCUUCCACCUCCAGGACUACUCACCUGGGGAUGGGCAUGCAGGCCCAGCCCUUGGAAGACAUAGAUUACAAGACCAACCCCCAUGUGAAGCCCCCUUACUCCUAUGCAACGCUCAUCUGCAUGGCCAUGGAAGCCAGCAAGAAAACCAAAAUCACCCUUUCGGCCAUCUACAAAUGGAUUACGGACAACUUCUGCUACUUCAGACACGCUGACCCCACCUGGCAGAAUUCCAUCCGGCACAACCUAUCCUUGAACAAGUGCUUCAUCAAGGUGCCGCGAGAGAAGGACGAGCCAGGAAAAGGUGGAUUCUGGAAGAUCGACCCUCAGUAUGCAGACAGGCUUAUGAAUGGGGCCUUCAAGAAACGCAGGAUGCCCCCUGUGCAGAUCCACCCGGCCUUCACCAGCAGAGUCCAACAAGAAGCUGGGACUGCUGCCAACCAGGCAGCAUCCUCUUGGUCCAACGACAGUGUCCUGAAUGUCAACAUGGAGUCACAGCAGCUGCUCAAAGAGUUUGAGGAAGUCACGAGUGACCAGAAUUGGAACCCAGUGGAUGGGAAAAUGGGCCAUAAACGUAAGCAGCCAUUGCCCAAACGGAUGCACAAGACAGCUCGUCUCUCUAGCUCCCCCUUGCUCACCCAGGAAGAACAGACAGAGCUUGGCUCAUUGAAAGGUGACUUUGACUGGGAAGCUAUCUUUGACACCACCUUGAAUGGUGACUUCUCCACUUUUGAGGAUCUGGAGCUCACACCUCCUAUUAGCCCAAUAACCAGAGAUGUGGACUUGACGGUGCAUGGAAGACACAUUGACUGUCCACAGGAAUGGUGCCCAGUUGGGCAAGAUCAGGUCCUAACAGAAUCCAACCAGAACAACUUAGACUUCGAUGAAACCUUCAUGGCCACUUCUUUCCUUCAGCAUCCCUGGGAUGAAGAGAGAAACGAUUAUCUCUCAAAUUCGGUCAACAUGGACCAGUUGUUUGAACUCAACGACUCUUCUUUGCCCACAGACAUGAGUGACUGGAGCAGUAUGGGAUCUUUUUUAUAAGAGGCUGCUGAUGGUUAGAAGGAUCAAGUCAAACCCAGGUAGACUUUAUCUAUUCGCAAGAUACUCCCAUUGCUGCUGGAGAUUACAAGGGACAAGAUCUCUAGAAACGGGGACAUACACGUUGACUUUUAUCAGCUGCAAAGUAUGGUUAUUCACAGAAACUCCAGAAGAAACCCAGAAGAUUUGGCUGGAUAUAUCUGUAAGCAACACAUCAGGAGAAGUCUCUGCCUCUUGGGUUUCCCUAAGAGAAGAAAUAACUACUUAUUUUGGAACUCUGGUUUUUUAAAGAAAUGUAGAUUAUCCUAUGUUUUGUGGGAAUGGAAGAAGCAUAUGUUCCCUCUAGGAAAAAAGGAGAACAGUUGCUAAGUUACAUGCAAGAGCUGAGAUUUCCUGAUGACUUUGGACAUUGUAGACGAUGUGCAAUUUCCUUCUCCUUCUUCUCCCUCUCUCUCUCUUAUUUUUUUUUCUGUCCAGGGAUAUUCCCAGGUAUAACAUGAGAUAAUUAAGUAGCAAGUAAAUAAAAGUCCCUUCUGGGUUCUAUAAGUUCAACCUCCCUCCUGAAUUGGGGCUAGGGAAGAAGACGAGAUCUGUAAAAUCAGAUGCAAAUCAGCA